AUGAUUGGUAAAACCAUUUCCUAUAACGUGAGGGGGAUACAUGAGGUUAAAAAGAGAGGGGUUAUUAAAGGGUGCCUGAAGAGGUGGAAACCGGAUGUUGUUCGUCUUCAAGAAACUAAAUCGGAGGAGAUAAAUAAAAAGGUGAUUAAUUCUUUGGGUAGCUAUGUGUUUGCUUCUAAAUUGAAGACUCUAAAAAAUGAAAUUAAGAGAUGGGCGAGGGUGGAGGAGGGUAGGCUUGAAACGAUCUUAAAGGAUAAUCUUACUGAGUUGGAGGAUUGUGACAGAAGGGAGAUGGGUGGUAUUUUGGGUGAGAACGGAAGGGUGAGGAGGGAGCAUUUAAGGAAGGAAAUAGCUGAGGUUAUGCAUUUGGAGGCAAUCUCGCGGAGACAAAAGGUUAGGGAGAAAUGGCUUAAAGAGGGGGAUAGAAACACUUGGUACUUCCAUUGCAUGGCAAAUUCUCAUCAAAAUAAUAAUUAUGUGGAAGAAUUAUGGUGUAAUGGUGAGGUGGUUAGUGGUAAUGAAAAUAUGAGAAAGAUGACAAGUCUGUUUUUUCAACAACUAUAUAAGGAAGAGGAGCAGAGAAGACCCAAUCUUGAUAAUCUGCAUUUCGAGAUAUUGUGUGAUGAAAGUAGAGAUGGGUUAGCAGAGCCAUUCACUGAAGAGGAAAUUAGAGGGUGUCUUGAUGAGUGUAAUGGGGAUAAGGCGCUAGGCCCGGAUGUGCUGAGUCUUUUGUUAACUCUAUCAAUUCAACCUUCUUGGUUCAUAUUCCUAAGGUGGCUGAGUGCGAAAGAUAUUAAAGAUUUCAGACCAAUUCGUUUGGUGGGGAGUAUCUACAAAUUGAUUUCUAAAGUUCUUGCAAAGAAACUCUCUAAGGUGCUGGGUGAGGUUAUUGGUGAAAACCAAAACGCGUUUGUGGAGGAUAGACAAAUCCUUGAUGCUAUUAAUCAAUACCUAGGUUUAUACGCUCGCUCCGGUGUUCUCCCUAGCAAGCUUUACCAAGGAAAAGAUUUGGAGGUUGGUUGUUAA